CCGCCCCUGGUCACGUGACAUGGCGUUCGCUCCCCCUCGCUCGGCAUUCGUCUUCCGCCGGCGGUCUGGGACUCACUCCAUCCGCUCCCACAGACCCUCUCCGCGCAGAGUGCAUCGGGACUGGUGCCUGGACACGCCCACCGGGGAGGAAUUGUCUCCUGACACUGAGCUCCGGGUAAGGGCAGCGUUUACUAGCAGUGUAUAAUAUCCAGUGUAUAAUACCCAGUGUAUAAUACCCAGUGCAGGAUGGCAUGCUGCCAGUCUAUAAUAUCCAGUGCAGGAUGGCUUGCUACCAGUGUAUAAUAUCCAGUGUAUAAUAUCCAGUGUAUAAUAUCCAGUGUAGGAUGGCAUGCAACCAGUGUAUAAUAUCCAGUGCAGGAUGGCAUGCAACCAGUGUAUAAUAUCCAGUGCAGGAUGGCAUGCAACCAGUGUAUAAUAUCCAGUGCAGGAUGGCAUGCUGCCAGUGUAGGGUAGCCAGUGUAGGGUGACAUGCUGCCAGUGUAGGGUGACAUGCUGCCAGUGUAUGAUGGCCAGUGUAGGAUGGCAUGCUACCAGUGUAUAAUAUCCAGUGUAGGAUGGCAUGCUGCCAGUGUAUAAUAUCCAGUGCAGGAUGGCAUGCUGCCAGUGUAUAAUAUCCAGUGCAGGAUGGCAUGCUGCCAGUGUAGGGUAGCCAGUGUAGGGUGACAUGCUGCCAGUGUAGGGUGACAUGCUGCCAGUGUAUGAUGGCCAGUGUAGGAUGGCAUGCUACCAGUGUAUAAUAUCCAGUGUAGGAUGGCAUGCUGCCAGUGUAUAAUAUCCAGUGCAGGAUGGCAUGCUGCCAGUGUAUAAUAUCCAGUGCAGGAUGGCAUGCUGCCAGUGUAGGGUAGCCAGUGUAGGGUGACAUGCUGCCAGUGUAGGGUGACAUGCUGCCAGUGUAUGAUGGCCAGUGUAGGAUGGCAUGCUACCAGUGUAUAAUAUCCAGUGUAGGAUGGCAUGCUACCAGUGUAUAAUAUCCAGUGUAUAAUAUUCAGUGUAGGGUGGCAUGCUACCAGUGUAGUGCCCAGUGUAGUGUGGCAUGCUACCAGUGUAUAGGAUGGCAUGCUAUGAAUCUCUAGUGCCCGAUGCAAGAUGGUGUAUUACCAGCCUAUAGUGCCCACAACCGCCUGUGAUAUUAAGGUGCUGGGCAGACUGGCAUGGCAAUGACUUUAUCUCCAAGACCUACAACUGCCUGUGCUGUAACUUUGCUGGGUAGACUGCCAUGUAAAUUAUGCCUCUCUAGAUUUCCCACAACUGACAGUGCUGUAACAGCCAUAAGUAGACUGUCAUGUGUUUACCACCCAUUUUAAUGCCUACAGCUGCCUGUGUUGUUGGUACCCUGGGCAGACUGGCAUGUAAGUGCUACUUGUCUCUAAUGCCCCCAGCUGUCAGAUCUGGUACUGCCUUGGACAGACUGGCAUGUGUAUACCACAUACUUGUAAUGCCUACAGCUGUUUUGCUGAUUUUUACUGGUCUGGCAUGUGCAUGUUGCCACCUGUUUAUAAUGCCUACAAUUAUCUGCCUUUGACACUGAGUAGAUUGGCAUGAUGCCACCCAUCUGUAAUACCCACAUCUUGCUUAUGCUACUGCUGGCUUACCGGUCAUAACAUCCACAACUGACUGUAUAUAUAGUUUUGCUCUGUGUAUCCCUAGGACCAUCCUGUGCUGAGCAUCCUGCCAGGGGCAGCUUAUUGGCUGAGCAUCAUAGGAGAUUAAUCCAAAAAAAGCUGACCAGUCAUACAUUAGCAGCUGGCAAAAUCUCAAUUACUGUGGAGGUUAAAUCAGUUCAGACACAUGAAGUACCCAGUUAUAAGUCUACUGCUUGGUUACUGGGGAUCUCACCCUGGCACAUUGCUUCACUAACCCAUCCCUUGCCAGAGGGAAUGCAGAGCUGUGAGUGGUGCAAAGCAGACUUGCCCGAGUUUUACAGUGAUGGGAACUGUAAGUGGCUUAAUAUUUAAUUGAAUAUGUGCAGUGCUCUUAAUUACAGAAUUAGAUUUUAUUUAGAAAACAAACUUGGUUGUACUUUGACAUUAUGUACAAAUAGUGCAUUGGAAUAAUGUUGCUUAUUCAGUAUCUGCCCUGUUCCUCUGAUAAGGUAGAGGGUUUUAUGACCUUUUGUAAUUUGUAAAGAGACAGUAACGCUUACAUCUGGUCUACAUUCUGUGUAGUUCAUCUUAUUCCCAUGUGGUUGUGUGCUAUUGAUAACAAUGCUAAAAUGCAACCUAUAUUUUUGGGAGUUAAGAUGUUUAUACACAAGAUACAGAGUACCGCAACCAACGACAUACCGUAGACCAGAGCUUACCAUUUCCUGUAGCCAUUGGCUAAUGAAAAUUUAGCCUUAGCGAGUUAAAAAUAAAUACAUAACCUCAGGUGUGUGCUGUAGCUUGCUGUGGAGUCACAUUUAAGGCCGACUAGUAGCAUAGGAAUGUAAACUGCAAGUCUUGCCGUAGAUAAAUAUUUUUCUCUUCACUUACUGUUGAUUUAUUUUCCCUUUACCUAACGAUUCCUAUUUUUGCAAUUAUACAAUAAUAAAGACCAGAUAUAAAAAGCAAGAUAUUUUUUCCUUGGUCCUAGAUUAACAAAAUGUUAAAUCUAUGAUUAGGAAAAAAAAAUGGUCAGAAUAGGUGGUACCAGCUCCACCCAGUAUGGGCACGAACCCUUUAUUUGUAGAGAUAGAAAACACACACAAAAUGCUCGGAUUGUUCCUCUUUAAAAGGGGGAGGGAACUACCAAGCAAGCUGGUAAAAAUAUAAAUUAUAAGUACACAUUGAUAUUAUGCCUGAUAAAUCUUAGAAUCUAGAGCUCAAUAGACAGGAAAAAAUGGGGAAUAGGAACAGUUUGCAGAGCAAUGCUAAAUAUAAUUGAUACAGUACAUAAAAAGUAUCUCUAGAUCCACUGAAAAAAAUAACAACUUUAUUAACCUAUUUAAGAGGAAGAGAUACAGUAACAACUGUGGGUCAACAGUAAAGAUCUCUGAUUCCUUCAAUUACCUAUAAUAUCUAAUCUUGGUGCAUGAACGAAUCCAUUGUUUAGAGUUCUAUAGGUAAAGAUCCCCUAAACAGUGCAAUCCCUCCAGGUGUCUCUGUGAGAUUAAUCAGUAGGGAAAUAUAACACCCAAUAUGUACACAGUGUGGAAUCUUAAGGGAUAUUAGACCAAAUGCUAAUAUAGAGAAGGAAUAAGCAGGGAUAGAAAAUGUCUAAAGAACGGAGAGAAACAACAAAAUCAGGAUAUAUAAUAAAAUCUAAGUCUGAUAUAACGAAAAAAACUAUCUCCGUUCUAUUACUAUUUCCCUCACUUCUGCUAAUAAACACCUUCGUGGGUGUUCUAAGCUAGGUCAUUAAACUAAACACUGUUAUCCUGUCAGAUAAAAUUGGACUCUAAAGAAAAAAAUGAGAUGAUUAACGAAAAAUGAUGAUAAUCAUAAUCAAAAUAGUGAAAAAAGGAGGAAGGAUUCCCUUAGUGCAUCGUGAGUGGUGCACAGUGAUGUGCCGAGGUGCAGUGACUGGGAAUCCCCUCAAAAAUGAUCCUUUUUUCGUUACUUUACGUACUGUAUCAAUUAUAUUUAGCAUUGCUCUGCAAACUGUUCCUAUUACCCAUUUUUUCCUGUCUAUUGGGCUCUAGAUUCUAAGAUUUAUCAGGCAUAAUAUCAAUGUGUACUUAUAAUUUAUAUUUUUACCAGCUUGCUUGGUAGUUCCCUCCCCCUUUUAAAGAGGAACAAUCCGAGCAUACGAUAAUAAAGCCCUUUUGAGAAGCAAUGUGUUUGUGACCAAGGCCUUUUAGACGCUUUUGCCAUUCCUUAAUUAUCCUACAGUUGUACCCUUCCUGUUGAAGUGCACAUGUACAUGUUGUAUAGCAGAUUUAUAUUUAUUUUAGCAAUAGAGCUUUCCUUUAAUACCCUAUAUGUAUACAUACAACAGUGAUGUUUUAAAUAUAAAAAAUAAACUGUACACACAAAGUGCAACUAGAGGAAAUAAAGUCAAAAUGCAGACUGUCUAGGAUUUCAAUAACUUUUUAAAAUUGUAAAACAAUAAUUGCAAGGCUUUAAAAUGUAGUUUGCUGAGAUUAGAACUUUAGGUAAUGCUAGUCCUAGAAUCCAACACUGAUAGAGGUGUGUAUAUAUUUGUCAAAACUUUUCACCCAGGCUAUUUAAAGAGACACUGGUCACAUAACUGCAUCUAAAUUAAGUUGUUAGGGUACCUGGGCGCACUUAUCUUAAGGGGUUGAACUGUUUUCAAACGGUUUGAACUCAUAGUGUGCCUCGUAGGUGGCAUCUGGCUUCAGGAACUCAGUUUCAGGAAGCACCUAGUGCUGCUGAUAGGCUAAUUGAUUACAAAAAAGUUUUGUUUUUUUUUGUAAAUUUCUAUGGGGAGGUAUUGAUUGGCUUAGACUCAGCGGACGCUAUAAACUAGUUGGUGGCGUCCCUGCCCGGUGGCACUCGGUGCUUUUUAAAGCUGAGAUUCUGAAGCUGGAUACUGUCUGGGGAACUAGCAGAUUGUCACUGGAGGCUCACUGGGGUUAAACGGUUAGAGAACUGCUUAAUCCCUUAAGGUAGGAGUGCUGCAUCUCCAGGAAAUGUGAGCACCCCUCACUUAGCAGAGGGACAAGUAUGGAGAUCUCACCAGGGUAUUUUCAGUUCCUGGGAUCUCCCAAAAACUAGGUGCACACUAAAAAUCACAGCACAAUCGCUCAGUUGUGGUAUUUUUUAAUAUAAAGAUCUAUGUGCAGUGCUCAUUAGAGCAUUGCACAUAGGUCAUCUGCCAGUCCGGAGCCACCAACUGUGGCCCCAGCUUACAGAGAGGGUACCCUUGGGUCUCCUUGUUACCAGCAGGGAUUUAACUCCCUCCACUCCCCAUCUAUGCUGUAAUCCUGUUCAAGAUAACAGCAGGGGUGUUGGCUCCUGGGGCUGAAACACCUGGAGCUGAAAAGGACCUGCCAUGGUAAUGCCUGGUUCAGGUAAGUGGAACUCUCCUUUACCUGCUCCCCUCUGGCCACCGGAUCCAUAGUGGCGAUGUCGCUGUAAAUGACAGUGCGUCUUUAAGGGGUUAGGGCCAGAGUAGUUGAUCUGAAAGCAUAGCUGACUUUAUGCAGUUGGUUCUUUUUUACAUUACAUUUUAAAUUCACUUGGAAUACUGGCUUUAGUAAAUAACCCUGAAUGUUAGUCAAGUCUAAAAGACAGGAAAUUACAGGGGUUAACUAUAGAACAGGAAGGAGAUAGUGUUUUGUGUCAGAUAAUAUAAGCAGUGAAUUUCUGCCAAUGAUAACAUUUUCAUUUAAAGUGGCCAAUUCCCAAAGCUUACUUCAGAGUAAAUGGUACCGUUAUCACAUUCUUUAUUGGGAAUGUUUUUCUGUACCACUGCUAUCGCAGAAAGUGAAGUUUUGGCAAUGUGUGCUUAAAGGGACAUUAUAGGCACCCAGACCAGUUAAACUUAUUGAAGUUGUCUGGGUGCAGCAUCUCAUGUCUCUUAACACUGCAAAGGUAAUUAUUUUUUAAGAAACUACAAUAAUUACCUGCUAGGGAUAACUCCACCUCUAGUGGCUGUCUACAAGACAUCCACUAAAUCGGUUUCCAGGUCGUUGGGCGACUUCUGGUCACCUAACUGAUGCUGGAACCCAAAACCCUAUGGGGAAAUCCAUAAUGCGAACUCGGCAAAUGUUGCACAUUAGGUCUCCCCUGUCGGAUGACGUCGGCAGGGGAGGAGCGGAGACAGAGCCUGAGCCAACACUGAGGGACACCGGUAAUAGUCAGAAGGGGUUUUUAAUUCCUUUUUAAAGCUAAAACAGAGCAGUAUGUUGCCCUCUACAGUCUGUUUUAAACAUGACAGGGGAAACCGAUAAUAGACAGUAUAACUUGCUAUUAUACUGUGAUCGGUGCUAAACAGGCAAAGCCCAGUACAAAUCAAUGGCAUGGAGGCAUGCAGGGAGAUAGUCAAUGUAUGUUCAGAUCCUGAGGUCUCCCUCAAACAAGCUGCUCACAGAUAAUCAAAGGCCAAGAGUGAUUGUUUAGGCAGGAUGAUUUCACAUAAUUUACAGAACUGGCCAAAGAUAUCCAAUACCGCAGGUUCCCAUGUUUACUAGAAGGGGAAACCGUCCCUGCUGGUAAAAUACCGCAUGACUUAGCAGUGGAAGGGGUCAGAUCUCCUUUAUUGCUCUCCUGUUUGGAGUCAGAGCAAAAGGGAAAUAAUAACCGAAUAGCCUGCACUAGAAUUUAGAGCAUCAUAAGGGGUGUGUGGAGUUUUUAUUUCAGCAACAUACUGCUCAUCUAAAACCCAUGGAGCCUGUCUCCAUGGUUAAACUGAGCAUUAAGCCUUGUCCACCUGAAUCUCCUCCUACCUUAAUUCUGAAAAAUUAAACCACUUUCCCUCAAAUGUGUUAGAGCAUAUCCCCUGCUCUGUGAGCCCUGCAUCUAUUGUGACAUUCUGGGUAAGUAAAACUGUGCUGUUCUCUUCGAAUGUACGGUUUGUUUAAUGGGGUAAGUCUCAGAUUGCUUCUUAUGUUGGGCAGGGUGACUGUAUAUAUGGUACACACUCCCCCUGGUUUGCAUCCAGAUGUCAGACUCAGAAGUUUUCAUUAUUCCUUGGAGCUCACGGUUUUUAGGGAGCUCAGUUUAUCUGCUCAAUCUGUUUUCUCUCCAAGCUUGUGUUGACAGGUAUUUCAUCCACGCCUCCCCCCCUCCCCCCCAAUAAUGGCAACUAAGAGUACACACAUCGGGUCACUAUAAGCCCCGACUAAUUCAACAGUAUGAAUGGUCUAAUCCUGUGUGGCCAUCACUUCCCAUGGUAAUACAGCAGUAUAAAAUGGCUUGCAGUCUAGGCUUUUCAAACUGUGUUAAUCACUUGGCUCAUCACAGCCUUUAGCAUCUCCAUACCAGUCGGUUUAAUAAACUAUUUUGCUCUUGAUGGUUAAACUGUUGCCUGCCACUUGUUAAAAAUGUAUACCCAUGAUGUGUUUUUCUUGCAUUUCCAACUGUUACUGCUUUAGAAGUAUACCGCCACUCCAUAAUCUCAAUAUAUAAUUUAAUCAUUGAUUACUUCUAGGUAUGCCAACCAAGUACAAUCUACACAGGGCACAAAGUCAUGGUGGACUUCGGAAAAUGGCCUCUGUUUGCCUUACUUUCGUCUCAAGAGCUGGCCUCCAUCCAGCAGGCAUGCAUCUUUGGCACAUCGGCUAAUGAAGCCAUAUAUACCACUUGUAGUAAUGAGGUAAGAAUGCAGAAAUACAAGCUUGUUUUAAAUGGUUUUUUUUGUUGGCAUUCAAACAUCUCAUGUGAAGUGUACCUCUUUUUGGGAGGAAUGUGUCCAAUAAAGUGCUAGGAUCAAGGAUAAAUUUGUUACAGCAGCACAAAACACUUAUCCACACCUAAAAAAUUCCAAAGUCUAUAAAGCGGUAUAAAUGUAAAACCUACACCUAUAAGUGGAGUGCUGAAAAUGAGGGGGGAUACUUACCCCACAUAACUUGAUAGCAAGCUUAGAAUAUAGUACAUGUGAAAAGAAAUAAGAAAGGCAAUAUAGUGCAGAUAGUACACAAAAUAGUGGUAAGGUGGAACACUUGCAUUUAAAGCAGCCUCUAUGUAAAAACUGGCUCUGUAAUCAAGCUUGUAUCUUUUUAAGGCAGCAUCACACCUACAGUCCACGAUACAAUGAAUCUCAGAGAAAACAUGGAGAGAAGGGAACCAAUGUGCAGUCUGUAUCAAAUGAUGUGCAAGGUGAAAAUAAGUAAAAUUCUCACCUUUUUUAGAGCCCUGCAUACUGGCUCUGAGGAGUAAUGGCUGUGCCAGUAUAUGUGGGGAUGGUAGGGUGUGGAACUGCACUCUAUCCCUUUAAGCAGUAUGUAGCUGGGUGCAACUCGGACAGUCUCCGUACCAGAGACCAAAUGCUGAAUAACAAAUAGAAGAAAGUUCCAGGCACUCAAAGGUACAAGCAAGGCAAUUUUAUUGAACCCACUCCAUCACAAGCUUACAGCACCUGAGGUUCCUAGUUGGUCUCCCAUACAAGUACUAACCAGGCCCGAGUCUGGAUGGCUUCUGCGAUCUGAUGAGAUCAGGCACUUUCAGACUGGUAUGACCGUAGGCAAUGUGAUGGAGUGGGUUCAAUAAAAUUGCCUUCCUUGUACUUUGGAGUGCCUGGACCUUUCUUCUAUUUGUUAUUCAGUAUAUGUGGGGAUGGCACUUCCCCUAGGGAGAUUUGGUAGGCUCCAGAGGACUACUUAAAAUAUUUAAAUUUAUUAAUACAAUUUAUACAUAUAACAUAUAGUAUAAAAAUAUAUAAAUAUUAGUCCUGAAUAAGCCGAAACACUUUUCACUCUUAGAGCUUAAUCAGUCAGCUGUAGAUCUGGUCCUGUGAAUCUUUCCUUUUUAAAUGGCUUGUAGUACUUCCCCUUUGUUACAUGGGUGUGUAAUUAUCCAGUAAUAGGAUCUUUAAGAUGUCUAUAAUUGUGUUUAUAAAGUGCAGAUGGAGUGGGUUUGCAAGAGAUUGGCCGAAAUUUGGCGCCAUUUAUAGCUAUAAAUAUCACUGGUGGUCAGUGGUGGUUGGCGGAAGUGACGUCUCUCACGUCAUUAGACUCCAACCAUACAGCGUCGCGCAUCAUCCUGAGUCCUCCCUCCUUCUGACACUUGGGUGCCUGUCUGUAUGAGAGGGGAGGAGAAUCCAGUUUUCACUGAGAGGGGAUGGCUAGGAGCAACGCAGAAAGUCACGUGUGAUGUCCUCAUUAGAACUCCCUUAUCUCGGUACAGGUCAGGGAAGCCCAGAAUGCGCCAUGUUGGUUGUGGGAAGUGAUGUAAGAGAGAAAGAUAAUGUAUGGCGGGGGGAGAGAAAAAGGAAGGAGAAAAACACAUACAAAUGACAUGUACAGAGAGAAAUGGACAUAAAAUGUAUAAAUGUCUUUCCGGGUGGUUAUCAUACAUGGAUGUAUUAAGACAGUGUGGGGGUGGACCUAAGCAACAGAGAGGGAAAGUCGCAUGGCACAUGAGCUCCGGCAUAACCAAGCUCAAACUCCCCAAAAUCACGCAUUUGGCAUUACCCAACCGGCAUUAUAACAGCCCACUGAACUGACUGAUACAAGGACAACAUAAUGGGGUGAAAAUCAAAGAAGCCCAAACAGGAUAACCCGAGACAGGGCCCAAAUAUAGCCGAGCUGCUACGCCAAACACAGGGGGUGUCCAGGCCCAGAAUGGCUGCUUAUUCGGAAACCUUCCCUGACUUCUCUGACUUCUCCUCUCCUUCAAUCGGAUGUGGCGUCCCUACGGGCAGACAUCCACGGCUUAACGGGGAGAAUAGGAGCCCUGGAGACGGAAUCCACUGGCCAUGCUUCCCAAAUAGCAGCUCUGCAACUGGAGGUACAGGACCUCAAAAGCCAGAACGAGGGAUAUGAGCGCCGGUUCGCGGCACUCGAAGACGCAAGGCGGGCAAUAACUUAAAAAUACGGGGCAUCCCUGAGGACACCCCGGCAGACUAACUGCCACACAUCGCGACUCCUACUGACUGCCCUGCUACCGCCACGACAAGCCAAAACAGCGCAGCUGGACGGCUUCUUCUAAACCCCAAAACCAGCUAAGGCACCCACCGCAACACCCAGAGAUCUUAUCAUAAAAGCACUCUCAAAGAAGCAGCGGCGCUGUUACACGUCCUGGGGCUGCCGACGGACUCUCUACACCCCGCUGCGAUUCAAAGCGCUACUACCUCGACACAUAAAUGAAACACGGACCGGGUGACCCUCUUCGUCCCAUGAGGCCCAACCAGGGAACAAUAUGAAGCAGCAACAACCUGAAACCAGCAGGCGAGAGCCACCACUCUAAGGACACUAUACUAAAGCACACAUUUUUAUAACUUCUCAGUUUUAAAUGUUCUCCUUUUACGGUUUUGAAGUUUCCAUGACGACCGACCCUACAAAUAACCAAUCUGACUAGAUGGCCUGUGGGCCAUGAAUCACUACCCACCUGCCUAACAGAAUUUAAACAGGGAGCACACAACCCAACCUGAAAGAGCCAGGCGUAACACCAAGCAAAGGACAACGUGACAUGAUAUCCCACGUGUCACUUAAACGCAACACUCACUAAUAUACUACCCGGGACAUACCAGGCAUACCUGACUGGUCAGACUCUGGCUUUCCUGCACGCACAUGGAGCACAUUGCAUAUUCCACCUGAGUCUCUCCUAGCCAGGUGCACAACAGGGACAACAAGCUAAUACGGGACACCGGGCACGAAUCCCAAGCUAUAGAGACUACUUGGUAUAAUGCAACCAGAACUAAAAUGUGCAUGAUAUGACAAGCCAUGCAAUGUUAUUGAAUGUUUAAUGCUCUGUCGCAAAGCUGUUGUGGCAAUGUGACUGUUCAUAGCCCAGUUUGUCACGUGCGUGGGCUAUAGGCCCAGCUGAGACAGUGGGUAGAGUGUGGAAGUGACAGGGUUAAUGACACCAGACCCCUGGUUACCUGUUGCUAGUCCCAGCAACCACUCAAUUAACCCCUGCAAUCCCUUCUACACUAACCCCCUUAGUACACACUUUACUGCCACCACCAAGACUUUUAAACCCGGGCGUCUUAGGUUACCCCACACACAGGAGAAUUAUAGUAUCACAGUUCUACUUUUACUGAUAAAACAUAUAUAGUUAACCCUUUUUGGUAAUGUGUUUACCUGAGCUUUCCCUGGAGAGUGAAGCUCAUAGAGAACAGACACAAGCUGAUUAAGUAAACAUUUAAUCUGACAAAAAGGAUUCACAGUGCUGAGUACAAAAUACAGAAAUAAAUGACAUACAGAUAACAAAUUGCAAAACAGUACAUAAAAUAAAAUAAGAGAAAACACAAGAAAUUCCUUACAUGUAGUUACCCCAUAUAGAAUUCUUGUGGGAGUCUUAGAUGGUAUAGGUCUCCUAGAAAUUGCUGACAAAAGAAAAAUGAAUAACUGAACAUUUAAGAGAUCCCUCUCUACAUACCUCAAAACAGAAUGCACGUGUCAUGGUUGAUUAUAUAUUUCCUGCCUGUUCUAUGUUAAAUUUUGUAUAUAUUGUGUAUUAAUAUUUUUGUAUUUUGUUGUACCUAAUGUAACAAUGCAAUGAUUUGUGGACCCAGGACAUACUUGAAAACAAGAGAAAUGUCAAUGCAUCUUUCCUGGUAAAAUAUUUUAUGAAUAAAAUAUUUUAUAAAUAAAAUACGCACAACUAAAAUAACUUUUUUUAAGACCGUGUACAUUCUUAAAAAUGAAUUAGUUUAUAUGAAUAAAUGUAAUACAUAUAAAAUGAAUUCAUGAAAAAAUAGGAGUUAUCAAGCUUAAUGAUAUUAUGUAGAUGUUUUGUAUUCUAGUGGAUGAUAAACAUAAAUCGAAGUUCUGCAUAUUAAGAAGAUUGGUUUGUAUUAAAGUCUAUAUAAAAAUAUCUAGAUUAUAAAAGUACUAAUAAAAAUAAAUAAAUGAUGUUUGGUUUAAAUGAAGUGGAACAAUUCAAAAUCUAUGUUCAAACCUCAGGGUUGUAAAGUGCAGAGGAUGAAUAUCCACUUCAUAUCGUUUUGUCCUAAGAUUUUAUUGAAAUCUCCUCCACACCAAUUUCUCUUGACUUUCUGGAUACCCAUAAAUUUAAGGCCUUUGCGGUCACCAUUGUGUUUUAUUUUCUAAUAAUUAGGAUACACGGUCUCUAAUCUAAGCUAUAUCACAUGUACAGAGUGACAAGUUUCGUUCUUUCAUACAGAAUUUUUCAUCAUUGGUGGAAUUUUUAAAUUUCGUAAUGUUUCUUUUUUGUUUGUGCUCCUACAUGCCAAAUAUGUGCCAAAUCCAUAGAAUCCUUCCUAUAUUCAGGACAGUUGGCGGCUUUUUAAUGAUUUUUUGUUUAACAAAAUCGUGUUUUUUCUUUUUUUUUAAUUGGGUGCGCCUCUGAAGAUUACUUUUGGUUUGUCGGGAAGGAGCUGAGACAAUAAGGGAUCUUGCUUUAAAAUGUGCCAGUGUUUAUUAAAAUCUUAAUGCUAUAUUAUGGCUGUAGUUGCAUAUAAUGGGUACAUCAUUCACAUUUUCUUUUUCAAUAUUUUCUUUUUCUUGUAGUAAGGUAUGUCUUGUAUCUGUGAGACCUGAGUGAGAUGGUUUUCUAGUAUUUCUUCCUUAUAGCCUUUUUCUAAUUGGUUUUUAAUUUGUUAGCUUGUUCUUUAAAUACAUUGUUAUCAAUACAAUUUCUUUUAAUAUGGAUGAGUUGAGAUUUAGUUAUACUGUUAAGCCAUGGUGAGAAAUAGCAACUUGAAGUGUGGAUAAAACUUUAAAAUGUUUUAUCCACACUUUAAAAUGUUUUUGUUUUCAGUUUAUCUAUAAAAAUUUCUAAAUCUAAAAAUGUUGUUUUUUACGCUAAAAUUGGUGGUUAAAUUUAUGCCCCACUCAUUGUGGUUAAGUUGGUUUAAAAAAUUAUUUAAAGUGUCCUCUGUGCCUUUCCAAAUGAAAAAUAAAUCUCUGUAGCAGCGAUAAGUCACCAGCCAUGAUCUAAAUGUAGAUGUUCCCAAUCUGCCAGAAACAGAUUGGCAUAGCUGUGUGUGAACCUGGUGCCCAUCGCCGUUCCACACUCCUGUAGGGGAAAAAAGCCAUCGUACCAAAAUAAUUAUUGGUUAAGAUUAGUUGUAUGGCCUCCAUUAUAAAAUCCAUUUGCUCUGGCUUAAAAGUAUGGGUCUUCCAAGAAAAAUGUAAUUGCCGAGAAUCCCUUUUCAUGGGGAAUAAUGGUAUAAAGAGAACUUACAUCAGCAGUAACCAAAAAAUAAUCUUCCUUCCAUUCUAAUUAUUUUAUGUGUCUUAGAAUACUGCCAGUAUUGUUCAAAUAGCUUGGGACUUUGUGAACGAUCGGUUGUAGGCAUUUGUCAACAUAUUCCGAUAACCAGCAGGAUAUAGAAUUGAUCUCGAGACUAUUGGUCUCCCAGAUGGGUCUUCAGGAUUUUUGUGUAGCCUGAUUACGGAGCCAGUUUUCACAUACAGGCUCCUUUAAAUGUGAGUGUUCCACUUCACCAUUUUUUGAUUUUGACACGUAUCUGCACUAUAUUAUCUAUCUUUCUUUUCACAUGUACUAUAUUCCAAGCUUGCUAUAAAGUUACGUGGGGUCAGUGUAUCCCCCUUAUUCUUUCAGCGCUCCACUUAUAGGUGUUGGUUUUACUUAUACCACUUUAUAGACAUUCAGACAUCCCAGAUCGGACUUUUUAGAAUACCACCAUUUCUAACACUUCAGUAAUCACACUGACAUACAUAUUUACUAAUCCAGGGACUUGUCAGCGAUUCAUAGGGAACUGCACAUCUUAACUGGCUAAUUGAUGAUGUGUAAAUCAUGUGAAAUGGUAUAAUCAUAGUAUUACUGAUCAAAGUGUCACAUUAGGAAUUCUUCCUGUUAUUUGAAUGCUUGUGUUUGAACUCUCUGUACAUUUAUCCAGUUUAAAAGACAAGCUGCUCUUCAGUCAGGCUUUAUAAACCUGCCAGUGGAAAGACCAAUUUAAGAAUCCUAUAACUACAAAAUUAGACACGUGAGACAAACAUGCCCUCUGGGCAGUAAGAUUCUUUCUCACAUAAGAAUGCAAACACAUUCCGCAGUUAUUUCUCAAAUUGUAACCGGCUUUAGUUUUAUACAUUGAUAUUAACAGGUGCAUGUUUGGGACUAGAUUGAAACUGCAUUUUUUAAAAGAAACACUUCAAUUAAAAUUAUUUUAAAGUCUGCGUUGAAAGCGUUUAAAAAGACCCCCUUUUUUUUUUUUUUUUAAAGAGCCUGGCUUCUCACUGUAGCUCUGCUUGGUCUCCUAUGACAUCAUUUCUGAUGUCUUCUGUAGUCAAUAUGUUCCUCACAGACACACAUUGGGGGAACAGAAAUCUACUAAUACAGCUCUUAAAGAAUUGAAACCGAUGUAAUCCUCCCUACUGUCUGGCACUCUCAUAAACUGGAUUGUGAACCAUUCCCUGGCAGAGUUAAAUAUACAGAGCAGGAGAUAACAAAACAAAAACAAACACUUCAAAUCAUACAGGAGGCUCCUGCAAUGUCUAGCAAGAUAUUAACAGUGCAUGAGAUGAGGAGAAAGUCUACAUUAAACAGAAUGUGCAAUAAAGGAAGUUUAAACAUUAGAUCUCUUUUGUGUUUAGGAAGGCUUUGUGCGCCACAUGCUGGGAUGUUUCACUAGGGCUGUAUAAACUAUAUAAUUUAACUCCUAAAUGGCUGGGAAUUGAGCCGUGAGACUGCAGGUGCAUGCUAUAUACACCAAAUCUGCUUUUUUUUUUUUUUUUUAAAGAUAGUUGUUUUGUUACUUUAAUGGGCUAUUCUGAUGGGAAAUAUUCUUCUAUCUUCUAAACAGGGCCGUCUUUAGCAAGGGGCAAACAGGGCAGUUGCUCCUGAGGGGCCCAAAGCAGCUGCCCUGUGGGCCCCCUGCCUGCAGCCAGGUCUGAACAGCCCACUGGGAUACUGAGAAAUAUCCUGGUGGGCUGCAGCAGGUGAGGUAAUCAGGGGCCCCUGGCCCUUUAAGAGAGCUCCAGACCGGGCCUCGGUCUUUCUGCCUGCUGGGAGGAAGUGUUGUGAGGUCACUUCCUCCCAAUUAAGAGUGCCGCUGGAGAGGAGGAGGUACAGACCAAGAAGACUCCCAUCAAUCUCAGCCAUCCAGCUCCCACUGGACUCCAGGGAAGGCACACUUCUUUAAAGGUAAGGAGGGUGGCUAAACUGUGUAAAUUGAUGGGUGUGUGUCUGGCAAUGCAUACAUCCCAUCUAACAUUGCACACAAAUACACCCCUACAAGAAUGGCCAGAUGUUAGAUCCCCAGCUGGCAUAGCAUUGUGGGAAUUGUACAACAGAUGAAGAUCUAUCUUUUCUUUGCUCUUGCGCUAGAGGGGAGGCUCAAAACAAUCUUGCACCAGGGCCCUGUCUACAUUAGUUCUGCCACUGUGUUGGGGUGGAGGGUGUGAUUGCAUGCCAGAGUGAAAGUGUGGGGGGAAGGGGAGAAGGGCAGGAUCCAGGGGGCCCAAACAAAUGCUUGCCCAGGGUCCAAUCAAUGUUAAAGACGGCCCUGCUUCUAAAGGGUGACAUAUUCUAUAUACUAGUGAAGGGGAUACUUAGUGAUUCUCAACGGUUUAUUAAAUACAUGGGAAUGGAAAAAUACUAUCCUGGAUUUAAUUUGCAUAAUAAUAGAGGACUUUUGUCUGUUUUUGUAGGUAUUUGCAAUUGGCCUGAAUUGUAGCAAUUGUCUAGGAACUGGAGAUAACCAAAGCACAAUGAUCCCCAGGAGACUGGACCCCCUAUGUGGCAAGAAAAUCACUGGCCUCAGCUUUGGUAGUGGGCCACAUGUUCUUAUAUGCUGUGAAGGUAUGUGACUUGUAGGUUGUAGAGCUUUGAUGCUGUAAAAAUUGGUUAUGUACGUAACUGUUGCUAAAAUGUCAAAUCAAAUUAGGGAGGAGGGUGACUUGGUAAGGCAUUUCCAGAUUCUAGUCUAAAAUGGCUUAAAGGUUUACUCCAAGCAGGUGACUUCAGUGAUUUGAAGUGGUAAUGGUGCUUGUGACAUGCUGCACAUACAGAGCAUAACCCCACAGCUACCAGAGGUGUAGCUCUACCUCUAGCAGAGGCAUAUGGUGUCGUCAGCCAGCCUGGAACUAGCAUUAUGGGCUGGCUAAUUGACCUUUGCACAGACUGUCACUGGCUGCGAGUGGUCAUCCUACUCUCCCAGCCAAUGAAAGUCAACCGCCACAGCUUCUGGCUUCUGCAGGAGACUAAAACAAGUCACUGGACCACCAGGGAGCAUCUGAGCCCCGCAAUGACUCUGGUUAAUGUGGGCAAACUUUUGCUAGGUCAGUGCACACAUUCAGACUCUAUUGUUUAUUGACUUUAUUUAUUUUUGGUCUCCCUUUCCUUACCAUGAAAGGGAUCUAGAAUUAAACCUCAUUCUGGGAAUCCAGUGGCUUGCUGUUGAGUUGAUAUUUGUCUGCUUAGCUCUCUACAGCUCUGUACUGAUGCCAGGACUGGGGUGAUAUUAAAGAAUCCAUACAGGCUGUACACCUCAAAUUACCACAGCUUCAGAGCACACUUGUGGCAUGGCACCUCCACCAUUAGCGUGGGUAGGCAGGUGCAUGCAGUGGUGGCAGGAGUGCUUGCAGUGUAUGGGUAGGCAUCUCCUGUCACGUGGAGAGGACCCCCGCCCCUUUUAUUUGGUAAGCUACUGGGAUCAAUAACCAAUGUUGUGGCACUGUGCACAUGCUAUAGGUUCGCCAUCGCUGAUGUUAAUUUCCAGGAUGACUGCGACAGGCUUUGUUUGCUUAUAGAAAAUCUCCGCUAUGCACUUUUUGGCCAGGGUUUCUAAGGUUGACAUUCUUAAAUAGUGCCAGUGUGUUUGAUAGUAGAGGUUUCUAGACAUUUUUUAAAUUCUAUGAAAGUCUUGUACAUUUAUUUUCCGGUGUGUAUUUUUUUAUUUUUAUAAUUGCUUUGUACAGAUGGUGAACUUUACGCUUGGGGUCAUAAUGGAUAUAGCCAGCUUGGAAAUGGCAAUACAAUACAGGGGGCAUCUCCCAUUCAAGUCUGUGUUGAACUUAUGUCAAAAAGAGUAAUACAAGUGUCCUGUGGCUCACAUCAUUCCAUGGCUUUAACAUCAGAAGGAGAGGUAAGAUGAGUCCCUCAAGUGUGAGAAUAUCUCUAAACCACUACCUGCUACAAAAUGACUUUCCAAAAAAAACUCUCCUAGUUUCUAUUGAGAAUUUUAGUUGCUAAUCUGAAGUGUUAGAAGUCCAGUAUACGAAAGCUAAUUAAAUGUUCAAAAUCAGCUGUUAGAAUCCUGGAAAGUCUUGUGUGGCAAUCAUGUCUAUCUAUGCAGAUAGUCCAUACAAUAGUUUUAAGGAAACGGUUAUCCAUUUACAUUGUCAGCAGAAAAUAGUUCCUGAAAAACAGGCAUUCAGCAGGGUUUUUUGUUUAAGGCAGUGGGUAAAGAAACAGUCAAACUUGCUUGUGGAUAUAUCCCUUUAUCUAUUGGUAUGUAGGGAAAGCGGAUUUAGACUAACAUUUAGUUUUCUGAAGUUUAGUUUUUUGAAGUUAUGAUUAAAAAGCGCAUUGCAUAGGGGCGGGGCCUGGCCACCAUGCUGGCCGGUCGCACCGCACAACAGCUCCGGCAACUUUUGAGUUAUUAACCCACAAUAAGGUACUUCUGGACUUACCGGACGACCUACCGCGGUGGGCUGGCACAUGAGGAGACACUGGACCCAGGGAGAGGCUUGCAGUUAAUGUUUUAGUCCCUCGGAGUGAUAUGCAUCGUUCCUUUCGGAUGAGGCCUACUCAGGCGGUGAGUGAGGCGGACAGCCGCCGCCCUCAAUCCCACAUGAUAUCCAGCCGGACUCCCUCAGCUGGGCGGUCCGGGCACAGUUUCCCACCCAUCGCCCCCCUGGGCCAGUGGGGGUGAUCCUGGCCUACACCCUGUACGCCCUGCUUCUAUCUUCUAAACAGGGCUGUCUGCAGACCAGACCACGAGCCGCAUCUAAAAUGGCAGCACAGUGACUCUGAUGACUCACAAUGCCAUCUCCAGCUCUCGAAGGGAUCCAAUCCCCUUGAAACCCACGCAGGCCCUGCAUACAUGUAUGGAGCAGCUCAAAACACGCUGACACACAACCUCCACUUCUGCCUGGCUAAACGGCUACCAAAGUCCUAAGUGUACACACAGCGACAUGGCGGGAGCAGUUACACGCUGACACACGAAGCUUAGACCCAGCUACUCAGACUCAGACACUUGUCCAGAAGAUUUGCACAGAGAGCACUUCAUCGCCCUGUCCCACGGAUCAGGCCCGCAACACCUCCACAACAGCACAGCGACCCUCUGCGGACUGUGGGGAUAUUUAUGGGAUGAUAAUAUUAUACAGUUGAGAAUUGCCCACUAUUUCAAUUCUUAGAUCUUAGAGAUCGUUAUCAUGUAAGUGAAAUGUAUUCCAUACAAAUAAAAUAACAAUUUGUUAUAAAAAUAGAUAUAAUUUAUUGUGACUAAAUAAUAUUAGGCAGCAUGCAUGAUAAUGAUCAGUGAAUAUUUAGUAUAACAUAAGUAUGUAAUACAAUGGCAAUAUUAAAACAAUCCAAAGGCUAACUGCAUCAACUGUCAAGACUUAACAAGAUUUAUGAGGGUACUUCAGACACAGAAAGCUAAACUUCCAGCGAAAAGCAAUAAAACCUUGGCUAACAGUUAAAUCAACUGAGUAAUCCUUUCAAUGCUAGCUAGAUCCUCCUAGGCAUAGAAUAUCCUAUUCUCAUGUAAUUUUCAAUUAAAAUAACAUUCAAACCAGCUCAUUAAUCAUUUCCUGGAACCAUCCAAUAAGAAUAAUCUACCAGAUUUUUACAAAAGCCGAAUUUAACUCUACCUAAGAUAUACGAUCUUAUUUUAGAGCAAAUCAAUACACAUGGAUAAAAACAGCGGUAUGCCAACACGUGGUAAGAUACCAGUACUAUGUAAUUAUCUGACUCCACCUGCAAAAUGGAGUGUUAUAACUAUAUUAGUUAACUAAGAUUUCUCAAUUAUUGAAAUCUGACCAUGAUUUAUCCAGUCUUAUAUCAUGCUAUUAGUAAAUUUUUAAUUAAUUUAAAUUAAUUAAAUAAAACCAGCAUAAUUACCAGUUAUGUAGAUGUUCUCAUCAGAUGAGUAGGUAGUCCCAGGAACUUGAAUGCGAGUAUGGUUGUAUGGAGGUGUGUAAGUAAUAGAGAAAAGUGAUGUUGGUUAGAAAGUAACAGUAAAAUUCUAAGUGUCAAGGAGUUUCUUGAGUUGUCUUGGAUCUCUCUCCAUGUCUGAAUCUGAAUGCCUAAACUAACCUACUCUUCCCUUUGUCCUAACUUUUAAAUUGCCAGACUCUCUGUACGUCAUUAGUUAAGGCCAAUAGGGAACUGUAGGUGUGGUCAACCUGCAGAUCGCAAUUUCGAUAUUUGAUCCAUAGAGGGCAGUCUCGCCUCACUAAACCUUCUUAUCCAGGAAAGAGUUAACUUUUCCUGAUGACGAUUUUGACGUCAUUUGGCUUAUCUAAAAUGACUACCAUAACUUAAAUUUGCUGUCAGUUCAAAGUGUUUGCCUUAGUCUUUGUGGCAACUACUUUGAUCGUAAUUUCUAAAAUUGACAGUUCUAAACUCAAUUUCACCCCUUACUUGCAAUGGGACCUUGUAAAAUUUAGAGUAAAAUUAAUUACUUAGUCUUCUCUGUCACUAGUGUCUGUGUUUAAAAUAAUUUCUAUUCCAUUAACAUUUAAACAGAGCAUUCCAUCCCCCUGCUUCAUUGCUUAUCAUUUUGGUUGUUUACAUAAUGCAUUCCUUAGCUCAGGCUAGUGGCUAGUUACAGAAAGAAAAUAAAUUUUGUCUGUCUUGUCUGAAAUCCAAAAUGGAGUCCGCUCUGUUCUGAGUGACUCUGACAAUAUACACUUUUAAUUUCUAUCUUGGCACAAAAUGUCUGCCAAUAUAAAUAUCCUGACAGGACAGACCGCAGGGAGGACACCAACGGCUAGAGGAUAGCUGCAGUGGUAAACUCCUUAUCACGGAGGGACAUACCAGCCUUACACAUCCACACUACGGACCCCAGGCAGCGAGGACUUAAGAAAACAGCUCUGGCCUCACUGAGGGUGCAGAUCCUGCCUAACAUCCUUCCAUGGAGUCUGAGUAUUUAACUGCCUGCUGCUGGGUGUCAGGGUGUUCCUAAAUCAUAAGCGAGUGCUCUCAGGACUCUAAGCAUAUGCUAGCUCUUUAAUAAUGGACUGCAAUGCCAAGUUUGAAAUGUGGACACGAUCCCUAAAUUAGCCAAUCUAACGCCUUAACAUGAUUCCCCUGACAGGGUUAAUCUGUUAACCAUAAGCAUUAAGCUUAACUCAGACCAUAGUUCAACCUAGGCUCACCUUCUGGUAGUCUUUGCAGCAGGUGAUAGUACAGUCCUAUCUGUUAAGCUCCUGGCAAUAGCAAUGGUAAAAGAAAACAGCCAGCUUCAGCAAACAUUGACCCAUGAGUAACUAGCCACUUUAAACAUAUGCAAGUCCCAUCAAGUGCCCUCACCAUGUUUAUAUGCAUCAUAGGCUAUACUCACCGGUUAUCAGCUUCUGGGGCAAAACAAGCCUGUCUGAGACAAUAGUGUGUACUUGCAUUCUAUGACCAAACCUAGUAACAUCUCAAGCUAAAAUGUUCUAUGCAGCAUGUAUGACCUGUGGAUUCCUUUUCUUUUCUCACUACGCCUGUUUACUCUUGAAUUCCUAAUCCAAAAAAAGCAACGCAUCUUGAAUCUGUCACCAAAAUGUCACCGAUAAUCUACUGUAAUUUCCUUUGGCAUUACUGACCUAUGUAAUUAACAAUGCACCUUCAAAAAUAAAGGGGGGGAAAAAGCGCAUUGCAUGCUAUUACAACUCUAAAAUAUUCCUUAAUGUGUUCUUGCAUCCCUUAAAGGGUCACUAUCUAGUCACCAAAACACUGAUUAGCUUAAUGAAGUGGUUUUUGUGGUCCAUUCUCGGACCGGAGUUAAAUCCCUUUGUUUAUGCAGCCAUGGUGUCACCCUUCCUGUAAAGAGUCCUCUUUGUCUGUCACAGCCAGGGGAGGUGUGGCUAGGGCUGCAUAAACAGAAACAAAUGGAUUUAACUCCUAAAUGGCAGAGAAUUGACCAGCAAGACUUUAGAGCAGGCCUGCAGCCCCCCCUUCCCCCCCACCCAGAUUGUUUUGAAUGACAGCUCCCAUGAUUCCCUGGCUAUUUUUUCAUUCAAAGAAUCAUGGGUGUUGUAAUUCAAAACAUCUGUGGGACUGCAGGUUGUGUAGGCCUGCUUUAGAGGCUUGAUCUAUACACCAAAUUUUUUUUAUACGAAUAUUGUUGUGGUGACUAAAGUGUUCCUUUAAAGGAGCACUAUAGUGCCAGGAAAACAGUGCCUCCAGUGCCCCCACCCUCAGGGUCCCCCUCCCGCCGGGCUCUAGGGAGUGGAAGGGGUUAAACUUACCUCUUUCUCCAGCGCUGGGCGAGGGAGCCGCGCGCACAUUCAUCCAGUCCAUAGGAAAGCAUUCACAAUGUUAUGCUAUAUUUAAAGAAAAAAGGGUUAAAUAUGCUAUGUUUAUAGAAAAAAAGUGUUAAACCUAGCUAGAGCUGGCACCCAGACCACUUAAUUAAGUUGAAGUGGUCUGGGUGCCUAUAGUGGUCCUUUAACUGUACUGGAGCAUGAAUUGAAAUUAGGGGUUGGGCUUACCUUGUAUUGGAGGAGGAGUAGGGUAGGAAACAUUCUUUGUGGAGGACCAGUGAGGGAGUAGACAGGAAAAUUAAUUGAGGUAUUUCAAUGCAAUACAAAACUAAACGUCCCUGUAUGUGUGCAUGCUUAUGAGGUAUGGUUUGUAAUAAGAUUUCAAACAAACCCAAACCUCUGUUUUUGUUAACAUUUCAAAUAUAGUUUUUAUAAUCCUCUUGUUUUUUUUUUUUUUUCCUAGGUAUUUGCGUGGGGCUACAAUAACUGUGGACAGGUUGGUUGUGGGACCACUACAAACCAGCCAACACCACGCAAAGUAACAAGCCAUUUGCACAAUAAGAUGGUGACCGGUAUCACAGCUGGACUGACCUGCUCAGUGGCUAUGACAGACAAUGGACAAGUAAGUCCUAGUAGAUCAUUAAAGUCACACUGCAAAAACCUACAAAAUGCACAUGUGCAGGAUUUGUAUUCAUGGGACCAGUUCUUGUUUAUAAUAAAGCUGGCAAAUUAGCUGCUAUUCUGCAAAUUGGAUGGCCAUCAUUUUCCAAAGUUGGUCUUAACUUUUACACUCCAAAAGAGUGUGUAUGAAAAUCUGUAUAGUGUAAAACAGACUUAAAAUAUUAAACAUGAAAAAGGCUCUUAAAAAAAAGCACGAGUAGAGCUAAAAUUUAACCAGUUAUCACAUCGAACUUCAUACCUAAUCUUUUAUCGUGCAGAGGUAUAUCAUUUUUUUUUUUUGUCUCAAGGUCUAGUGUGGAAAGCAAGCAGCCAUAUAACCUUGUGCUGAAUUCCACCCUGUAACACAAGUAGUGACAUAAUAAAAUCGACAUGAAUUAUGACAAUAGUAGCAUUCUUUGCUGGUCCCAAUGCUACUGUUAAGACCAAUGUCAGGUGACCAGAUUGGGUGUCUUAAUACUCUUGUCUUUGGGUUGUUGUGACUUUUCAAAGUCUUGCAUCCAAAGUUAAAAAUUGUAAUCUUUCUAUAUAUAUUUAGGUGUAUGGCUGGGGUUUUAAUGGCAGUGGUCAACUAGGAUUGGGAAGCAAUGGAAACCAGCUCACACCUUGCAAAGUGGUGUUUGUGCAGAAUGUUUGCAUCAUUCAGGUAAGAUUGUUACACUUGCUGGCCAUGUAUACAUGUUGUAAUUGAACUGGGUUAACACUAUAGGGUCAGGAACACAAGCAUGUAUUCCUGAUCCUUUAGUGUUAAAAACACAGUUUAGCACCCCUGGCUCCCCCUUUUCCCCUAAAUAUAAUAAAAUAUUACUUUUAUUCCAGUCUGUUGCUGCUGGCUCUCUCCCCUGAUCUGCCUGCUUUUUUUCUCUGAAAACAUUGAUUACUGCAAAUAGGUCUAGAAAUGAGGUCACAUAUUUAGACUAGAAAAAAAAUGUAGUCUAAGGAAAAGGAAAGGUUUUUUUGUAUGAAUAAUAAAGAUGUGCAAUUCUCUGCCUGAAGUGGUUUUAGGAGUCUGUACAGAUGUUUAAACAGCAUCUGGAUGAGUAAUUGCAAAAACAUAAUAUUCAAGGAUAUAUUUUUUAAAUUCUAGAGUAAAAGCUUCUUGAUCCUAGGUUUAAGGAAUACUAUAGGGUCAGGAACACAAACCUGUAUUCCUGACCCUAUAGUGUUAAAUACAAUUUGCCUCCUCCCCCUUGCCCCACUAAAUAUAGUAAAAAUCUCACCUUUAUUCCAGUCUGGUGGUGCUGGAUCUGCCCCUGAUCUGCUUGUUUGACUGACAUCGGAAGUGUUGAUCAAAGCCAAUCACAAUGCUUUCCCAUAUGAAAGCAUUGGAUUGUCUGAGACUUUCAAGGAGGCAGCACAGGGGCAGAGCCAGCACAAGCCAAACACAGCUCUGGCCAAUCAGAAUCUCAUAGAUGCUUGAAAUCAAUGCAUCUCUGAGGAAAGUUCAGUAUCUCCAUGCAGAGGGUGGAGACACUGAAUGUCAGUGUUGCACACUGUGCAGCACUGCCCCAGGAAACACCUCUAGUAGCCAUGUGUGGCCAGUUGAGGUAUCCCUAGACUGUAAUGUAAACACUUUCUUUUCUCUGAAAAGAGUGUUUACUGCAAAAAGCCUGAAGGUAAUGAUUCUACUCACCAGAACAAAUACAAUAAGCUGUAGUUGUUCUGGUGACUAUACUGUCCAUUCAAUGUUCAGGCUUUCUCUGAGUAUUGUAAAGUUAUUGGUAUGCUUUGUGUUGGGAAUAGAUAUACGUUUUUUUUCCUCUCCAAUUUUGUAGGUGGUUUUUGGUCAUGCCCACACUCUGGGAUUAACAGAUCAAGGCAUGCUAUAUGCAUGGGGUGCCAACACUCAUGGACAGUUGGGAAUUGGAAAUAAAAUCAAUCAACUUUCUCCCAUUAAGGUCACUACAAAUGAAAGGUAAUGGUUUGCUAUAUAUUGUAGUAACACCGCAAAAGUAAUAGCUGUCAGAGGUUUUCUGCUGUAAAGGUACAGGCCCUGCAAGUCUAUCUGGAGAACAUCAGGCUUUUAUUGAAAUAUCUAGAUUCAGACAUGAGGAAUAAUCACAAAGUUAAAUAGGUUAAAUCUUGCCUGCAGGUUGUUCUCGACAGGCUUCCGCACACAGCAUGGCUACAUAAUGCAACGUCUUUCCAUCCAGUCCAAACUCAAUGGAUAUGUAUGAGAUCAUGGGUACUUGGACUAUAAAUCAUUUAGUAAAUGUCUGUCUUGCAUGUGCAAUAAUUUGAUAGCAAAGCUUGUAUGUCAUGUUUUUCCAGUGGCUUGGUAUCCCAUGUUUUUUACAUGGUGUUUACAGUUUUAUUCUGUUCUGCAGGAUGGUGGAGAUUGCAGCCUGUCAUUCUUCGAACACCUCUGCUGCGAAAUCCCAGAGUGGGCAGGUUCACAUGUGGGGUCUAUGUCGGGGUCAGGCUGUCCUUGUUCCGACACUCACCCACUUCACCUGUACAGACGAUGUAUUUGCCUGUUUUUCUAACCCACCUGUUAUGUGGCGGAUGCUCUCUGUAGGUGAGACUCUUUACUAACGAACUGUAACUAAAUUCUCUCUUCGUGCAAUAGAUGGAGAAUACUGUAAUUUUACAAUACCUUCCACGGUCUGGUCACCUUUCAGGAGCAUGACCAUGCAAGUCCUAGACCUAAAGAGUUUUUUUUCUACUUUUCUAGAGUGGGUAGAAAUAUUAAAGGGACACUAUAGUCACCUGAACAACUUUAGCUUAAUGAAGCAGUGUUGGUGUAUAGAACAUGCCCCUGCAGCCUCACUGCUCAAUCCUCUGCCAUUUAGGAGUUAAAUCCCUUUGUUUAUGAACCCCAAUCACACCUCCCUGCGUGUGACUUGCACAGCCUUCCAUAAACACUUCCUGUAAAGAGAGCCCUAUUUAGGCUUUCUUUAUUGCAAGUUCUGUUUAAGAUUUUCUUAUCCCCUGCUAUGUUAAUAGCUUGCUAGACCCUGCAAGAGCCUCCUGUAUGUGAUUAAAGUUCAAUUUAGAGAUUGAGAUACAAUUAUUUAAGGUAAAUUACAUCUGUUUGAAAGUGAAACCAGUUUUUUUUUCAUGCAGGCUCUGUCAAUCAUAGCCAGGGGAGGUGUGGCUAGGGCUGCAUAAACAGAAACAAAGUGAUUUAACUCCUAAAUGACAGUGAAUUGAGCAGUGAAAUUACAGGGGAAUGAUCUAUACACUAAAACUGCUUUAUUUAGCUAAAGUAAUUUAGGUGACUAUAGUGUUCCUUUAAUAUAUAUAUAUUUUUUUAUAAGUCUUAAGGCUUUUUGUCCAACAAAUCAAAUGUGUAGGUGAUUUACAAAAUGCAGGAUCAUGUCAGAUUAUACAAAAAUGUCUGAGCCAUGGAUAUUAAACGAUGAUAUAUUAGGAAUUCCAUAUUUAUAUUUUUUGUUCUUUCCUAGAGCAAGAAGACUCCUUAACAGUUGCACAAUCCCUAAAAAGAGAAUUUGAUAGAGAAGAAACAUCUGAUUUGAGGUUCAGAGUUGAAGGGAAAGACAUUCAUGUUCAUAAAGCAGUAUUGAAAAUAAGGUAUAUGGCUUUUAGUCAUAUUUGUAAGAUUGUGAUACUUUUGGAAGCUCUGGAUUGGUUCUGAAACCAGGUUCACAAAUCUACACAGAGGGGUGUACAGAGCUCCAAUCCCCCAACUGUAUCUACGCUCUUCCUUCUUGCAUCUAGAAGCCGCACUGGUCACUGAUCAUAACUCUCCCCCCAGUAACUAGACAACGUAGUUCUGAGUACAACUGAUCUUAUUGAGCCAAAUUCAGCCUUUUAUGCACACUCCCAGCACAGGGUCUCCAUUCAACACCUAUAGCACCCGCCCUGGUGUCUGGAAAAUAAUUGAGUUGCUAUCCGCUAAAUCAAUUAUCUCCCGGAUACAGAAUGAAAAACUCACCAAAACCUAGUUAAAACACUUAGGAACCCCACAUAUCCGACAUCCCUGGAUAGCUCUUGCCCGAGCUCCCAAGUUGUCCAAAUAGCGCCUGGAUCCAUAAGGAAUUGUCCAGUUGCCACCGGGGUAGUCUUGACUGACCGCACACGAGGACCAAGCGCAAAAUUGUUUCAGUGUGAAAGUGGCUUUUGCCGGUCAAAUAUUGGAAGGUCCUAUGGUCCAACAAAGGGGCUUCUCCUGGUUCUCUGGGAGCAAUUAUUCUCUUUAGUCCGUAAUAGCUAUUAGUAUGACUGGUUUUAAACAUACAGGCAACUUGAGCGUUUAACUAGAACUUAAAAUGUUUGAAUAUUUGAACAAUAUUUACAUAAACACUGCACUUUGGAUUAUCCAAGUUGUGGUCACCAUAAUACAUGCAUAACGUGACUUCUUAAUAUUAUACAUGAUCUGUAUUCUAUAUUUCUAAUCCAGGUGUGAACAUUUCCGUACAAUGUUUUCAUCCCACUGGAAUGAAAACGCAAAGGAAGUAAUAGAAAUUGACCAGUUUUCAUAUCCUGUGUAUCGAGCCUUUCUGGAGUAUUUGUAUACAGAUGUUGUGGACCUACCACCAGAAGAUGCUAUAGGUAUCUUUGUUAAUGUAGUGUUUUUAUCUUGUGGGAAAAAACUGCCUACAUGGACUUUCUUCACAAAUCCCACUGUUGGAGGGAAAUCUAAUUAAAACAGGGUAUCAAAUUAAUUAAAUGGGACAAAGAGCACCAUAACCAAUAGAACACUUACUGUUGUGGAUAUGGUACAAGGAAUCUACCAUACUGUUUGAGUGGACAACUAUGCAAAGAACACGCUCUCCUCUCUACCCACCAGCAGCAUGCUACUGAUGCUAUCCAAGAACUGGAAUAGCCUUGAGAAGCACAUACUGCACAGCCAGAUAUGCAAUAUGAUCCUGCCAGACCAAUAGGGGGUUUCAUUGCUCCCUAACCCUUCUGACAGUCACCACUCCCUACCUUAAAGUACUUUGUGGAGCACUAGAUUUAUGGCUUUAUUGAUGUAUUCAUUUUUGUUCUCACUUCUACAUCUUUAGGACUUCUGGAUCUUGCUACAUCUUACUGUGAAAAUAGGCUAAAGAAGUUAUGUCAACAUCUGAUCAAGAGAGGGAUAACUGUUGAAAAUGCAUUCCUUUUACUUUCUGCUGCGGUUCGGUAUGAAGCAGAGGUAAUCUUUCUGCAUAUUUUGGGUAUAUUGUAAUAAGGAUUAACUUUAAAGUCUUCCCUGUUAAUCUCAAACCUAUUCUUGAUAUUAAUGUUUUUAGGAGCAGUUUGAAAUAAACCAGGUUCGUCUUGUUACUUGGGGACUAUUCCAGCUCGGCUGCAUUAACCAUACAGAAUUGACCUUAUCAAUGUCACUUUUCUAACCUGGAAUCAAUGUUCACUACAUUAGACAAAAUGGAUAUCAAUGUGGAUGUGUUCUAUGUUAAUGCAGCAGAGAUGGAGGCUGUUUGUGUCCUAAGAGCCAUAGUUUAUAUCAAAACUGCUCCUACGAUGGCUUGAUAAAGAACCAGGAACCACACCAAGGCAACAUAACCACUACAGCUCGUGGUAGUAGCUAUGCUUUGAGGGCUCAUUAAGUGUCUCUAGUUGGUUGGAGUUUAGGGGCUGUUACUACCGGUGCAGAGAGCUUGCUUGAAUCAGACUCCUGGUCUGCUAUAUAAAGGGAAACUCCACAGGUCAAAUAAAACACAUGGUUUAGUAGAUGCACCCCAAUGCCUUCUUUCUCAGCCCGAUCAGACUCCUUACUGAGGUCUGCAAGGUAGGUACUUUGAGUAAUUGCUGCCUCUUGAGUUUAGCUCCACUGAGCUAAACAACCAGGAUGUAACUGGACUUGUCUGACAGCUAGGGGAGGGGUUAACAAGGUUAAGUACUAAAAGUGCCAAUUUCUAUUGAAUUCUGCACAAAUUGUAAAAUGAAGAAAGAGGACACGCAUUCAAUAAGCUGAAAUGCUUUAAAGAAAGCCUAGUGUUGGGAAUACAGCUUUGUAUAUGUUUCCCUAACAGUAUAGUGUCCCCAUGGACCCCCCUGUUCACCUCCAACGACAGGGAACCUAAUGAGAGAGUGCCGCUCACAAAUUAGAACUUCCCCAUAGGAUGUCCUCAUGCAGUGUCAAUCUAUGUGAAACAGCAGGAAGUGGCUGUCAGACAGUGUUUUAUAUUGCAGGGUUGGCGGGACUGGGAUACUGCACCCAGACCACUUCAAUGAGGUGAUGUAUUACCAUAAUCUGUAGAUGCAGCAGAGUAAAACUAAAUGCAUGCAUCUCUGCUGGUUUCCCAGAAACUCUGAAGUGACACUGACAUGGUAACCAGUGUCAAUUAUGCAAUUUCUAACCUUGUCUAACCCGAAUUCCAUGUAACAGUCUAACCAAAACAAACCUCAAUGUUUGAAUAGACCUCCAGGUUGGAUGACAGUCCAGCAUUGGCUUAGUAAACACUGAUUGUGGUAUUACAGAGGGCAGAUUGCCUGACAGGCACCAAUUGCUGUGAUAGUCUUUCUGAUUGAGGGGCAGGCUGUAUAUAAUAGAGGUUGACAGUGGUCUCUUGUGGCAUGGUGCCAAAGCCAUCAGAUGCCUUGAAUAGUGUAGGGUGUUAAUUUUCCAGACUCCACUUGUGUGGGCUUGAGCAGAGCGGAGUCCUACCAUGUACUGCUAGACCUGUGACUUGGGAACUAGUUACACAACCCCUGUUCACCCCAUCCCAUAGAUCAUUGACUAAUACACCGGGUACAGUGCAUGUGAAAGGAAAAUAAACGUGCUUGGCAUGAGAAACUAAAUUACAGGGUGCUGGUUAUCACCUAGGAGUGUGGUAUAUCUGCAUGUAUCUGGUUUUAUUGCUUUUUAAAAAAUUAUCUCCUCCCUCUACACACAUACACCAGGUAAGUACUCAUACCUGUACAGCGGCACAGUAGACUGCCUUAGUCUUCAAUAUGCUGGCAGACAUUAGUCAUAAUCAGAAGUGUUCAGUAUGUUAAUGUGACCAUGGACUUUUGUCUUCAUUUGCAGGAUCUGGAAGAGUUUUGCUUCAAGUUCUGUGUCAAUCACUUGACUGGUGUCACACAGACCCCAGCAUUCUGGCAAAUUGAUGGGAUGCUGCUUAAGGACUUCAUUAUAAAAGCUGGUCGAUGUGGAGGCUUCAAGAACUGACUCUUUUGACUUUGGACUUUUUGGGGUGAAUUCUGAGGAGCCACUAAAGUGUUCUAAUUAUAUUAACUGUGAGGGAUUCUUGCACUGUUCAAACACCCUCCUGUGACAUGGAUAGAACAUACUAAUGAAGAAAUAACUUUUAAAUGGUGAAGACUAUAUAUAACCUGCCAUCAUGUAGCACCUAUAGCUUCUAGCUGGUCUGGUACACAAUGCAUUAGUCUUUCACUGAGCACAUGGUGAAUAAAAAUAUAAACAAUCUAAAUUGAGAAACAAGCUUUUAUAUAACGUCCUCCUUAUCGUCUGUUUAGUCUGAUCUAGAAAAUGUAUCUUUUUUUCAAUUUCUGACCUGAGGCGUGUUACAGUUUUAAACAAAACUGUUUAGUUCCUUCAGUACUUAAACAGGCACAUACAACAGCUAUCAAAUCAAUGGAUACGUGGAGAUGGUGUACAAGCAGUUAUUGUGAUACUAAAUUGUCUUCUCUAGCAUGAAUAGGAUCUGCAGAAUAAUCAAUCCAACUGACAUUGAUAUGCACUAUUGCAGGGAUUUGUUUUUCGUACCUAUGUUAGGUAUAGGUGCCUUUAUAAAAAUGUAUUAUCUAAUUUCUUUUAUGGGUAAAUUCCUUUUUAAUGUCUGUCUAAAGUGGCUUUCUAUGUAAUUUUUUGUUUUUUGAGUUUGUAGCUCUUGUUGGUCUGUUGGCUGUCUGUUAUUAAAUGACUGCAUGAAAAUCGGUAGAAUGGAUGUAAGAAGAUACUGGAGGUUCUUUGUCUUUUUUCCGCCAUGAACCAAUGUGUAUAUAUUUGAGACGCCUCUUUUGCCCAAAUAGAACACUGCCAACAUUACUGUUUUAGAAAUCACUUUGGAUAAAAUCCUUCUGUGAAGAUGCAAGUUUUUAAAAUACCGUUCUUGCAUUUAUUUUGGCAAUUAUAUAGUUUUCCAAAAUAUGCAUAAGUGGGCACUUGCAUGUAUGAAUGUAUUUUGCAUAAAAUGUACCACACUUUAUUACAUUUCUUAAAGUUGUUUAAGGGUUCUAAAAUAAAACCAUUUUAUUGCGUCUGUGCUACCUUAAAUGUCAACUUUUCUACCUUCUAAAGUCAAAUUGUAUAAGAUUAAAUUUAGUGCCAUUUGUCAUUAACUGGACCUAUUGUCUUCCUAAUUUUUUUUUUUUUUUUUAAUAAUGCAAGGUUAUGGGUAACUUUGUAUAAGGUGAGUGUGACCUCUAUAGCUUGUGCGCCUAUGAGCUGGAAAUUUAAUGCAAUCCAUCUAGAACCCUAGUUAUAAAGGAAACGUGUGGGGAAAGGACUUACAAUGGAGAUUGAUGACAUUUGUGUGUCAAGAGUAAAGGUUUACCUGUUAAUACCGGAGAGGCCCAGUAGUGUAGGUCCUGGAUUCUGUCAGAGCCAAUAGAGGGUACAUGAAGAGUGUGUAUCUUGCUAAUCAAGGGUUAAUAUCAACCCCUAACCAAAAGAUCACUAGGUGGGUGAGGUAAGGUAAAGCCCCCUGUAGGGAUCUUAGUCAGCUGAGAGAGGAGAGGCAAAAAUCAAACAAAAGUAAGCACUUGGGAAUAACAAAUGAGCUAGCAUGUCUUGGUGGCACAUACAGACCAAUGCUUUAGAUUAAGUGCUCAGGUUUCUGCUUCCUUUCUCCUGCUGCUCAUAGG